CCUUGAAACGACCUAACUCUCCCCAAGAUUUUCUUUGAAACUUCCCUUGCAACACACGUCCGGCCAGUUUCCUGUAUAUCUGCCACCGCCUGUGCUGCCGCCAGCUCCCACCGUCCGCACCACUUUCGUUUUCUGUCGCCAUCAUGGUGUUCUGCACAUACUGCGGCCAGUCGUUUACGAGAGACGAGCACCUCGAGAGGCAUAUCCUCACCCACACUAAUGUAAAACCGUACAAAUGCUUUACUUGCCAUAUGUCGUUUGCCCGCCGUGACCUGCUCCAGCGUCACUACACCGUCCAUGGCCGGGACGCUAAUAAUCAGGAAGGCUUACCGCCAAAUUCUGGAAUAAUACCCAAAUCCGCCGGCAGAACGCCCAUUGCCUGCAGUAACUGUGCAAAGACCAAGACCAAGUGCGACAAGAAGUUUCCCUGCAGUCGCUGCGCGAGUAGAAACCUCCGCUGCACCCUCCGGCCAACUCGUCGGGCUUCGAAGAACGUUAAUCGUGUGCUACCGCCAGGUGAAAGUGCGGGAAGCGGCAGUUCGUCCGAGCAUGGCAACAAUGGCAGUCCCAACGGCUCGAAUCGCAACUCUCCUCUCGCCCAGACCCAGACUCUGCCUGAAUCGCAACCACAGUCCACUCCACAGAUCCAGCCACAGCUCCUCCAGAACCCCACGCCCGAGGAAGAGAAGCCACCCACCAUGGAAGGACCUACGCCGUUUUUCGAGCAUAGUCCCCCGAACGGGCAAACAGCGGUGCUCCCGUCUGUCCUCUCACCGCUCCCGACUCCCGUUAACGGCUUCAUUGCACAAACGCCAAUGUCUGGGUAUGACGACUUCCUCCGUGCAGGUAGAGACAGCUCGGAGAACAACUCCAGUCCACGAUUUCUUAUGGACUGGGCACAUGUGCAGGUUGCUCCAGAGUACGACCCAAUGGGCAGGAUAGACCCUUCGAUGAUGAUGGCCACCAUGGGAAUGGAAAUGAACCAUAUGCAGCAGCACGCUGACGGCCUCUUGGGCAUGAUUCCGGAGAUGCAGACUCCACACGGGUUUCCCGUCCAAACACCUAGCCAUACACCGCGGAUGGACGAGACCUUCUCAGACCUCCAAAUUGGCAGCUCCGCUUCUAUGUUCUACACCUCUCACAGUCGUCAGCACUCGAUUACUGAUUCCGGAGUUGCGGACCUCGGCGCCAUCAUUGCCGCUCAGGACGGGUGGACCGUUUUCAGGUGCACCCCUCCCAUCCCGUCUAGCUCGUGUCCACGGACGGCGAAGCUUAACCUGGAACGACUCGAGCAAACUCUCCGUAAUCACGAGGGAUGGAGCCAAUGGAGGCCACUUUGGGAUGAAGCUGACUUCGCUUCGGGAGAGCAAUUGUCCGUUACGCCCAUGCGUGAAAGCACCCGCGACAAACUGCUGGCCAUUACGCAGAUGUUCCUGCACAAGGCGCUUGAUAUACACAAGGACGGCAUGAGCAGCUCACCAGGCAGUGGCGAGUCGCCCAGCUCUACAGGAUCCAACUUUGUACUCCUCCCACCAGCGACGGUGCUGGACUCUUUCCUUCGUUCUUACGCCAACUCGUUCGAGCGGUACUAUCCAAUGACGUCGCGAGGUGUGCUCGACUCGAAUGAGCUAAUGCAGUUCUAUAAUGAUAAAGCCUCGACUUUACUAAUUUUAAUGAUGAUUGCACAGGGAGCGAUGGUGAUUCCGUCGGUCGAGGCGCGAUGGUUGACGGGCGGUCUCACGGAGGCGUGCCGCAUCUCUCUCUUCGACCUGAUCGAGAAAAACAUCAUCAUGUCAGGAGACCCGAUUGUGUUACGCUCGGCGUUGCUCUUCACAGUACAGGCGGCGUGGAGUGGCGACAAGUGGCAGAUGGACAUUGCCAUGGGCCAGCGCGGCAUGUACUUUGCAAUGCUGCGGCACUCGGGGGUGCUCGAGCCCGCACACGCUACGCCGACUCCUAGACUGAACUCGAGGGGUACAACGGAGACGUUGUGGAGCGACUGGAUUACGAUGGAAAGCCGGAGCAGGUUGAUCUACUCGUGGGUGAUGGUCGAUCAAGAUCUGUCGCUGUUUCACGAUACAGCACCGCUGUUCUCAGUGACUGAAUUUGGUGCGCCCAUGCCCGAUGCCGACCGGCUGUGGCAGGCGAAGACCUCGCAAGAAUGGUCUGAAGUCUUCAACCAAGUACACGAGUUCAGCGGUGGCUACUCCUCCGUGGGCUCGGGCGCCCGUCCGUUGUCGCUGCGUGAUCUGUUCCGUCUGUUCCUCGAUGACGAGAUAGUGCCUCAGAACAUUGCCCUGACGGCGCUGCAUCUGCGGCUGCUACUCCACCCACUCCAAUCUCUUGUUUGUCAGUAUUGCCAGCUGUUGAGCUGCUUCUCUGACACCAUGGCCUCACGCAACCGGUCCCGCGCCGUCACGGCAGCUUCUACCCGCGUGCGCCUCGAGGAGGUGCAAGCUCUUCUUCAGCGCUGGUAUGACCUCGCGGACCGCUAUGUCAAGGCAAACCCCAUGUGCGCCAUGAUGCAGGCCAAUCUCGUCCUGUUCCACCUCAUUUCCCUCAACGCCGUAACAAACUUCCCGGAGAUCGAGCGGCUCGCCCGCCGCGAGGGAUUCGACGGCACUUACCAGCAGCUGCUAUGGAUCCACAAGCGCUGCAUCGCCGACGUCGAGGAGGCCAUCUUCCACUGUGGCCAGGUGCUCCGGCUCAUUCGGUCCAUGCCUCGGGGGAUCCGUCCUCCAUGGUGGCCUGGAGCAGUUUACCGUGUCGCUCUGAUCAUGUGGACCGACAGCUUGACGCACAACGAGAGCGUGAGCCCAUCCAACGGCCUCUUCCCUCCAACUGGAAUGUCCUUUGCGGUCGACGGUUUGCCAGCCGAGCAUCCUCUCAUCGUCCGCUACCUUAGCAAGCGGGAGGGCGUCCCAACACUGACGAAGCGCGACGGCUCCCAACUGCCCAUGCACCAUGCCUACACGGUACUCUCUCACUGCAUCGAUGUCGUCGAUGAGGGCCUCGCAACACGCUUUUCCGACGGGAUCCGGGGUAAACUGGAGAAGCUGGCGCGGAGUCCUUGAGUCCAGUCCAGCUUUCCGGGUUCCUUCUCUUCACCUCCUCCCAUCCCAUCGCUGCGGUCAUCCCUUCCAUCUCUUCCUCCGCCUUUCACAUGUGGUCAGCCGAAGAACGAGCGGGGCGUUCCACGCCCUAUAUACCGUCCACCCACCCCAUGUGCAAAUCCCCCUCAAGCCUCGGCUUGCGAUCGACGUCGAUACGGGGUCCGGGGAUGAUCGCACGCGUGCUCGCGCGCAUGGCAAUACUGUCCUAUUUCUGCUUCCUUCUCUUUUCCCUCCUCUCCGUCGGUAGCAUCUGGUUCUCCCCCGGCUUCCCCUCUCGGAUUAUCGGUCCGCCUCCAUCACAACGUCGUCCAGCUCCACCACACCCCAGCAUGUGGCACGCGGCCCCCCUAAUGUAU